AUGCGGGUGCUCAUGGCCGCGUGCACGGCGACGCGUCGCUGCGGUGCUCUUGCUGCCAACCCCGCGCGCCACUUCGCCUGCGCCUGCCACGGUCCCCGGUCGGCGAUGCCGCUGCCACGCGCUGGGAGCGUCCCGGCACCUCUUGCAACACCAGCGCGCCGCACCUGGCACGUAGCUGGCCGGCCAGCGUCGGUCCCUCGCGCAAUGUCCGGGGGCGCGGCGGGGCCCGACGGCACGUCGUUCGUGGCGUGCUACGUCACGGUGCCCUCCCAGGACGUGGCGGAGAAGAUCGCGGGCCCGCUCCUGGAGCAGCGGCUCGCGGCGUGCGUGAACAUCAUCCCGGGCGUGCAGUCGAUGUACUGGUGGCAGGGCAAGGUGGAGAAAGACGCCGAGUUGCUCCUGAUGAUCAAGACGCGAGCGUCGCUCGUCGACAAACUGACGGAGGCGGUCGUGGCGCUGCACCCGUACGACGUGUGCGAGGUGAUCUCGGUGCCGAUCACCGGCGGGAACCCCCCGUACCUGACGUGGGUCGCCGACUCGACAUCCGCGGGGGCGGCACAGUAG